AUGUUUCUGAGCCCGGUGAACCCUCCACCAUUCUUCAUUCAGAGCCAGAGGAGCUAUUCAUCCAAAGUGCUCAUUGGAAACUGGGUGGAAGAGAGGAGACAGGGGCUUCCGUACAAACAUCUGAUCACCCACCACCGGGAGCCCCCACACCGCUACCUCAUCAGCUCCUACGACGAUCACUACAAUCGGCGGGACUACAACCCAGGCAUGCCCUCAGUCCGUACCUGGAGUAGGCAGAAGUUGCUGUGGCUGCCGGAGAAAUCCGACUUCCCCCUUCUGGGUCCCCCUACAAACUAUGGACUGUGUGAGUGCCUGAAGAAGAGGUGGCUUUCACCCCAGACUGGCACGAAAGAGAGCACUUACACUUCCUCCUACCCCAAACCCCCAUUAAGUGCUCUGGCACGGCCCCUUCCCCUGCGCCCCUUCCCACACUCCUGA